AUGGCUGAUCUUCCAAGUACACGUAUCACGCAGGCCAAACCCUUCACAAACACUGGAAUAGACUACUGUGGUCCAUUUCUCAUCAAGGAAAGGAGACAUCGCAAUCUCAAGAAAAUCAAAAUCUGGAUUUGCAUAUUUGUAUGCUUCACCACUAAGGCAGUACACAUCGAGCUGGUCAAUGAUUUGACCAGUGAAGAAUUUUUGGCCACUCUCAGUCGAUUCAUCUCCAGACAUCCCUCCUGCAAAACUCUUCAUUCAGACAACGCCACAACCUUCGUCGGUGCCAAUAGAGAGUUACAAGAACUCUACGCCCUUCUCAACACUGAAAGGCACGAUGAAUUCAUCAACCGUCAUCUUGCUGAACAGGGAAUUGAGUGGAAGUUUAUUCCCCGUGUAUCUCCUCACUGCGGUGGCAUCUGGGAAGCUGCCGUAAAAUCGUGCAAACAACAUAUGAAGAAAGUCAUCGAAAAUGAGUUGUUGACUCAUCAACAACUUAAUACUCUUUGUGUGAAAAUUGAAGGAAUCCUCAAUUCACGACCUUUUACUCCAUUAUCAUCUGACCCCAACGACUUCACCGCACUCACUCCUGCCCACUUCCUACAUGGAGACAUCAGCACAGAUCUCCCUGCACCCGAUUGGACAGAAACACCCAGCAAUCGACUCUCUUACUGGCAGCAUCUCGAAAAAAUCAAGCAACAUUUUUGGAACCGAUGGCACAAAGAAUACCUCUCUGAGUUCAACAUUCGCCACAAAUAG